AUGGCCAAGACGCAGAAUCCAUGCCACCGGUGCUCCGCCGUUGCAAUCCCGUCAAAGAAAUGCCCAUGGCUGAAGGUGUAUGCCGAGCCCCAGAAACCCAGCCGCUUUCAUACACCGUUUUUUGUAUUGUAUCCCAUUCGGUCGGUCCUUUGUGCUACUUCUAAUUCUGAGGAGCAGUUGAUUAGGACAAGUGCCGGCAUUGGCGUUGAGGCAUGGGUUCGAAUGUUCCGGUCAUCUCGGCUGCUACGGCAUAUUAUCUCGGAAGAAACUCUCAUCUAA